AUGGGUCAGUUAUACCGCAGAAUUGGUCUAUCUUUAGAAUGGUCUUGUCAUGGUAUUCCUUGGCUGUUGUUUGUCACCGUUUGGUUGGGUAUGUUAUGGCAAACCACCAAGAUGGAACGGGGUGGCAAUGAUUCCCUCAUCGCUCCAAGCUACCGCGCUCGUUCUUGGACUCUGGAACAGUGGAAAACGGGUCCCAAUAGCUCUCUCUUCCCCAAUCCGUGGACGCAAGCUAUCUGCUUGCUCUCUGCACUGUUAAUUGAUUUAUGUGUUGUCGCACUGCUAAAAAUGUGUGUACGACGACCGAGACCGAAGGAUGAUAUAAUGUCUGAUAUGCGGCUCACUGUUCCCAUCGAUAUGUGGUCUUUUCCGUCAGUUUGUUUUGAAUGCUUUGACUCGCCCGUGCACUGUCGUCAUUGUCAUCGUUCAAUGAAGCGCAGUAUGGAGCGAGAUUUACUGUUCGCUGCUGAGCUCACUGCAUCAAGUCACGCAACUCGUGCUUCUCUACUGUUCUGGCUUCUUCCACACUUUUUCGCUUUCUCCAACAUAGGCAUCGGUCUACUUGCCCUGUGGACACUGAUAAUCUGCUAUUCUCGUUUUGCCAUGCGUCGUCAUCAUGCUACGGACAUCUUGGCCGGCAGCAUCAUUGGUUUCUUGGAAUAUCGACUAGUUUGGAUGAUUGACUGGAUCUACGUCACACACACAGUGACAGAGCUCGUGUUUCCGGUACAACUACAAGAACUAUGA